AAAAGAUUUCAUUGGAAUUUUAUGCCGGAAAACCUAUUGGUUCAUUCUUUUUGCCACUUUAUGUUGAAGGCGUGCAAAAUACUGAAACGGUUUGUCGUCUUUUCAAUCAAAAGUUACUGUUUAAAAUUAUUUUGAUAAUUCUAGGUUGAGAUUCUGGUGAGGUUACAAAGUCCUUCAAAAAUGACUUAUAGAAUCUGUAGAAUCAUAGGAAUACAAUUUUUUAUUUCAAGUAAUCAGUUAUUUUAAAGAAUAUUGUAUUGUUACGUGGAACUGUUCUUGGAAUAAUUUAGUUAACAAACUGUAUUAUUUUGUCCAUUUCAGAUGGCACCAAUGAAUCUGCACUUUAUAUGCGAUUAUUAAAGUUAUGUUUCAGUUCUGUAAAUAUGUCUGGCACAGAAAAUGAAUUAGUUAUGAAGCUUCAUUUACGCCGUAUCGUUCAAGGCAGCAUGCAUUACUGCCUUACAGCUAAAGAGCCUACAGCAUAUCUCACUUUAUUACGAACUCUUUUUCGGUCAAUAGGGGGCGGAGCACAUGACAAACUUUAUCGUGAAUUUUUUCCCUUACUACCUGAAAUGUUAACGACGUUGAAUCGUUUACUGCGUUCACCACAUCGUUCGAAUGCUCGUGAUCUAUUGGGUGAACUGUGUGUUAUUGUCCCAGUUCGUUUGUCCACAUUACUCCCCUAUUUGUCUCUGUUAAUGGAACCGUUAGUUUAUGUGCUGAAUUGUAAUACUGUCAACCAGGGUCUCCGUACUCUUGAGCUUUGUGUUGAUAAUAUGCAACCAGAUUUUCUUCAUGAUCAUUUAUAUCAAGUACGUGGGGAUAUGUUAUUGGCGUUGUACAAUUCACUUCAUUCACCCAGUGAAUAUGUACAAAAAAUGUCAUUCAAGGUACUUGGGAAAUUAGGUCGAUUUAAUCGUACUAAUUUGCUUGAAACACAACGUUUACGUAUUAGCUCAGCGGAAGGUGAAGCCGGUCCGCAACUACGUUUUCACAUGAAUGAAUUUCGAAAUCAGCCUAUUGACAUACCGAUUAGAUGUCUUGUUGAUGCUGCUGUGGAAGUAUUACAGGAUUCUUCUUCUGAUGAGCCUAGUAAACUUCGCUCUUGGGAGUUUCUUCAGUCAAUAUGCGUAGCUGCUUUGAACUUAAACCACUCGCAACAAUCGUCAGUCGGUGUAGAAGAUUUCUACAAUUGUUUCCUUGGUGAUACAGGACUGAAUAAUAUGAUGUUGCAGUAUAUUGAUGAUAUGUAUUUGACGUCCUAUUCCGAAAAUCCUCCCAUUCAGUCAAUUCGUCCAAGUUGUUGCAUGGCUGAUGAUUUAUGCAAUCAUGUUAUGAUUAUGGCAAUAGCUGGGUUACUUCUGGCUGGUCUGAGCAAAGAAUUGUAUAAUGCUCAUGGAGAUUUUAUUGCGUUUAUUGUCAGACAUGCAACAUUCCUGUCGAUUAUGCAACAGUUCACUUCGCUUCAUACGGAAAUCAGUCGUGACCAUAUUUCACACUCAAGCACAUCAUUCGAGUCGAAAACAUUGUGUAAAGUUGAUACUGCACCUAAAUUACCAUUCUCUAACGAUAUAACUACUUCCGGAGAUGAUCAUUUUCUAGAGCUAGAAAUAUUUAGUAUAAGCCAAGACCCUGAUACAAUUACUCCUACUGUCAAAGAACCUCAAUCAUCGAAUCAAGAAUUUCUUCCAAAUAACUCAUCUUCACGUUUAAAUCCGAAUAUAAUUAUUGAUUCUAUCAUGUUUGUUAUGGGUCAUGAAGCGAAACAACUUACUCGAAAUAUGUGCAUAUUUCUAGAAAUUAUACAUAACACAGCAUUUGCUAUAUUAUCCGCUGUUACUACAACAUCUCGAGAAAAUAGUGAUCAUUUUACUACAGAGACGAUUAAAAAAGCUGUUGCAAAUCUACAAAUUUUCCAGCAUAUUGGACAUGUUAUUGUUGAUAUGUUAUAUCAUCCGGCUUGGUACGUUAAAUGGGGUGCUUGUGCUUCUAUUCUUUGUCUUGCUCGUUUCAUUCAUCCUUCAUGGUUCUGUUCAAAUCUCAUCAGUUUGCUACGUGGCCUACUUUAUUGCAUUCAUAGCUUAUCAAAUCAAAUGAAUCAAGGAGCUCUAAUGAUGGCUCGUGACUGCGCGCGUAUAAUUAUUAGCAUGGUUUUCAUAAGUUUAAAAGAUUCAAAUGAAACUAAUCACUUUUCACACUCGACUGUUGUUGAAGAGGAAGAUGUGAAAUCAGGCAAAUCCACUCCAAUAUCUACACGUAAACGCUCUUCAACAACUUCACAACGUCGUACAGUUCAAGUUAGACGUGGUCGUAGUGCAGCUAACGCAACUUCAGAAUCAUCAAAUAAUGAAGCAUCAACCAAUGUAGUUGUUGAAUCAAUGGAAAUUGAUAAUCAAGUCAAUGAAAAAGAGUUCACUCCAAAGUUCUCAUCGUCUCUGACAACUUUAUUGGAUGCAGUUAUCGUAGAAUUAUUAGAUUCACUUUUGAGUGAAACUGAUUCUGUUCGAACCGAAGCACGUUGUCUUUUGAGAUUACUUUCUUAUACAAUUGAACAACCAUUAUGUAAGUUGUUAGCGCCACAUUGGUAUAAACGUAUUGGACAUGUUUUACCUCCGAAACAACCCAAUCGUCUACUGGAUUUACCUAUUUCAACUCAAUUAGCUGUACUGGAAGCAAACUAUUUCUUUGGUCAGUCAGAGAAAUUAAAACAUCCAUCUAAAGUUUCAGAUAGCUCUAAGCUUUUUGACUUUGACAUAGAUAAUAACGAUGAUGGAGUAGGACUUCUACGUUAUGAUCUUUCAAAACGAGAUGAUUGUAUCUUUCUAUCCGAUGUACGUUCACUUCUUACUCAAUUUGAGUUGAAUCAUGAUUUCUCUGCUAGUACUAAUAAUUCUACAACUACCAACACCAUAGCUGCUGGUAGUAGAGCGGUAAACACCAGUGUCAAAAAUAAUUCAUCAAUAAAUUCUGAUCAAGAAAAAGGUACAUUCAACGGAACUUAUUCAUAUUCCAAGUUUACACCGUUCAACUCUAGAACUGUAAUACCACUUUCUAGUAAUUGUAUGAGAUUAAUUAAUCUUCGAGUAGCUGCUUGUCAAGUAUUAUCUGUCACAUGGUAUUUAGAUACACAAAAGCAAGAAAUCUAACAGCACUAUUUAAAGGUAUGUCUUGUAAGAAUGAAUAUAUUCACGAAACAGCUUUUUCGUGUCUUCGAGAAUUUAUCAGUAAAACAUCUAUUGAUAUUGAAUUAAGACAUGCUAAUAUGAAACAGAUUGUGCAAAAUAUUCGACAAAAUUCUAUACGAUGUAUUCAUACAGUUCGACAAUUAGCUUAUUGUGCUCAAUUAUUUCCGAGUACACUUAGUGAAAGACUAUGUGAUGCAAUUUAUUCACAUUUAAACACAUCUUUGGAAGCUGCAGUUAACAAACAAAACUCUGCAUCAAUCUCCACAUUCACUUCAUCUAAUUUGGAAUUAUGUACAUCAUUGUUGGAUUUAUUUCAUCUGAUUCCUUUGGCAACUUCAAAAUAUGUUUCGCUUUUGAUUGAGUCUGUAGUCAACGCUGAACGUUUAUUGAACAUUGAACCUACUAGUCCUUUACGUUUACCUUUAACACGUUUCCUAUCUCGUUAUCCAGCUGAAACAUGUGCUCUCCUACUAACUGGUUCGCGAUGGCCUUAUAAUUCACAUGCAAAUAGAAUAUUCUUGUUUGCUCUUAGUUGUUCACAAGGUCAACCUAUAGUGGAUUAUUUAAGAACAAAUUAUCAUAUACUUAUGGAUCUUAUUCAACCCGAUGAAAUUAGUGAUCAAAAAAAUGAUUCAGAUGGACAGUUAUGUUUACCUCAAGUUGGAACUAUUUUGACAUUUGCAUGUCCAAGACAUUUAGCAAUUCGUGCAGUUCAUACAAUUCAUAAAAUAUCUUUAAAUUGGUUAACUGUCAAUAAUGUUUCAUCUAAUGAUAUACCUAAAAAUAGUUCACGAAUUAAAUCAAAUCAAUCCAAUGUUGUGUGGGAAACCAAAUAUCAUCCAUUAGUUUUAUCUUUAUUAGCUUAUUGGCAGUCAAAUCUAUUCGUUCGAAGACAAUCUAACCUAACCUUAAUCACCUUGACUAAAGAUGCAAUUGGACAUCAAGGAUUAUUAAAUGAUUGUACUACAAAUAUGUUUGAAACGAAUCAAUCAAUUUCAUCAAAUAUAUCUGGUAGAAUAAAUAUUCCCACCGGAAGUAAAUCAACUAUUCCAGUUGGAACAGACAAUUUACCUUGUGAUCCUGCUUCAUUAAUCUCUUCAGGUACAUCAGAUCAUGCUCAUUGGGAUGAACCAAGACUUUUAUUGGAUUGUUUAUUAGACUGUUUCAAAUCUCAUCCAGAUGAUUUUGAUCUACUGUUUGUUAUUACAAUCGGUGUAACACGUCUACGGUAUGUGGCAGAUCUUUAUCCACUACGUUGUUUAUUAGUUAAGUUGAUUUCUGAAUCUGAUCUUACAUGGCAUCGUCAAUUAUUCCUUCAUUUUAUCACCACUGUGAAAAACCGUUUGAACUUUUUGAAUAGAAGUAAUUCGCCUGAAUUCAGUCCGAUUGCUUUUGGAAUGUAUAAUCCAAUUUCAACAGAAGAUAUGUACAAAUUAUUAGCUCAUCUUAUUCUGCCAUGCCUAUCAAAUGCUUUGGAACGUGGAGAAAAUGAAAUAUUUUUGGUGGACCUCCGAAACCUUUUGAAAUGAAUA